UCAAAGCAUCUCACACACAAACACACACUUUCUCCUCCCUUCUUUGAUAUUUUUCCUCUUUUUCUACACAUUCAAAUGGCCACCGUCGAGGUUGAACAAGUGACUCCAGCAGCAUCUGAGAACGUCGAGAUGCCACCACCAAAGACAGUGGAGCCGGCGGAGACCGUCGCUGCCGUCGUGGCCGCUGAGUCUGCUCCAGCUCCGGUAACCGAAGCUGAAGCUCCCGUUGAAGUAACGACUAAAGACGUGGCCGCGGAAGAAACAGAGAAACCAGUUGAAAAAACAGAGGAAACCAAAACAGAGACCGAGGAGAUCAAGAAAGAGGAAGAAGCUCCGGUGGAAACUCCGGCGGUUGUGGAGGAGGAAAGCAAAACAGAGGAAGUUGUAGAGCCUAAGAAAGAGGAGGAAGAAGAAAAGAAGAUAGAAGAAACUCCGGCAGUUGUGGAGGAGGAGAAGAAGAAACCAGAAGCAGAGGAGGAGAAACCUACUGAAGCAGCCGUCGUGGAAGCUGCCGCAGCUACAGAGGAUGUUGCAGUGGAGAAGGCCGAUGAGUAAAUUGAAGAAAAGAAGAAAUUUAGCUACUUUUUAAGUACGUUGCGUCCUGUUUUUGUUGUUUGAGUCUAUUUGACUCUUGCUUUGCAUCACUCUGUUUUUUUUUUGUUUGUUUGUUUAAUAUUCUAAAGUAAUUUUCAUGGUUAAAGCUAUAAUGAAAA